AUGGAGAAAGACAAGCCGGUUCAGGAAGAAAAUUCCUCAAUCAAUCUCGGGGAAAUUCCUGCAGACGAAAUUCGCCGGAGCUCUACUGUGUCGGCGAACUCGGAUGGCCAGGCACCAGUCUGGGAAUUGCGACGCACAUACACUAAGAGUGGAAUUUCGGGUCUUUUUGCCUCCAAAUAUGUUUUUGGGUGUGCUCUUCUCGCGACUCUAGGUGGUCUACUUUUCGGCUACGACCAAGGAGUGGUUUCUAUCACACUGGUUAUGCCACAGUUUCUGGAUUCUUUCCCUGAAGUUUCUGCAGAUGCGUCAGGGUCAGGUUUCAAGAAGGGGCUGAUGACCGCCGUUCUUGAGCUUGGAGCUUUCGUUGGUGCUAUGAAUCAAGGCUGGAUUGCUGACAAGAUCUCUCGGAAAUGGAGUAUCUUUGCAGGUGGUUGUGUCUUCCUGCUUGGUGGCGCGCUACAGACUGGAGCAAACUCGUUUGGUAUGCUUACCGGGGCACGAUUUGUUGGAGGUAUUGGAGUAGGAAUGCUUGCUAUGGUUGCACCUCUCUACAUUGGCGAGAUUGCACCCCCUGAGAUCCGAGGUACUCUUUUAGUCCUUCAGGAGCUUUGUAUCGUCACAGGUAUCGUCAUAGCGUACUACAUCACUUAUGGUACACGAUAUAUUCAAGGAUUUUGGAGCUGGCGUCUUCCGUUUUUGAUUCAGCUAGUUCCAGCGGUGAUCAUGUGCUGUGGUGUUUUUCUGCUUCCGUAUUCACCUCGAUGGCUAUGCCAGCAGGGUCGAGACGAAGAGGCUCUUGAGACCCUUGCCAAAGUUCGAGAGCAUCCUACCACUGAUGAGCGAGUAUUGGAAGAAUGGCUCGAAAUUAGAGCCGAGUGCGCAUACCAGAAGGAGGCCUCCAGCAAAAAGCAUCCAUACCUUAUGCAGCCUGGUUUGUGGAAUGCUUUCAAGUUACAGAUCAUGCUUUAUGUCGACUGUUGGAAAAUGCCAAUCUACAAGCGAACCCAAGUGGCAGUAGGCUUGAUGUUCUUUCAACAAUUUGUCGGGAUCAAUGCUCUCAUUUACUAUUCGCCAAGUCUUUUCGAAAGCAUGGGAUUGGAUUACGAGAUGCAAUUGACUAUGUCAGGUAUCAUGAAUAUUUGCCAGGUCGUCGCCUGCAUCUGGUCUUUGUGGGGUAUGGAUCGCUUCGGUCGCCGCAAGCUCCUAUUGGGAGGCGCAGUAUGCAUGUUUAUUGCCCACUUGAUCAUUGCUAUUCUUGUUGGGAAAUAUGAAGAUAACUGGCCUGAGCAUAAAGCGGCCGGCUGGGUAUGUGUGGCUUUUCUUCUCUUUUUUAUGUUGACAUUCGGAGCUACCUGGGGUCCCAUUCCAUGGGCGAUGCCCGCGGAAAUCUUUCCCUCCUCCCUCCGCGCUAAAGGAUGUGCGUUCGGAACCAUGUCCAACUGGGGUAAUAACUUCAUCAUUGGCCUGAUCACACCCCCGAUGAUUCAAAAUAUCCGUUACGGCACCUACAUCUUCUUCUGUUGCUUCUGCGGUAUUGCCCUCGUCUGGGUGUACUUCCUUGUUCCAGAGACGAAUGGACGUACUUUGGAGCAGAUGGACUCCGUUUUUAAAGAUAAGAGUACUUUAGAGGAGGCUGAAAGACGGGCCGAAAUUACAGCUGGCUUAAGACGUACUCCUGCUAGCCAACAGGUCACCCUUCCAGCCUAG